CCCCAGUACGCGCCACCUUCUGCCGACCAAUGAGAUCGCAGUUUAGCUUGACGACGGACUAGUCACUUCCGGCAGACUGCAGGCCGGUGUCAGGAGGCAAACCGUACAAUUAUAUAUACAAAUUCGAUUUUAAACAUUGUAGGGUUAUAUUAAUUAGCGAAACGACCCGGGUUAACGUCCAGCAGGUAAACAACACGUUGCUACACUGCCAAUCUGUCUGAACACUGUAGAAUCCACUGUGCCUGCUUUUAAUCAGUUGCAAGAAUGAAGUUAAAGGAAGAUCUCAACCCGUUUCUUUUACAAGUCUUGCACUCGAUAAUAUGGGUGUACUCUGCUGUAACUUUUCUGCCGUGGUACUUUCUGUCUGGAGCGAGUCAGAACCUUUCACGGGCCAAGCGAGUUAAAGCGAGACCUGUGAAUAGCACCCCCGGGAGCCCCUACCGCUCUGUGAACAGCGUGCACUGCCUUGCCUCAGUGCUGUACCCGGGCUGCGAUACCCUGGACAAAGUCUUUGAAUUUGCUAAAGACAGAUAUAAGGAAAGGGACUGUCUGGGAACUCGGGAGCUGAUCACUGAGGAAGAUGAGAUCCAGCCAAAUGGGAAGGUUUUCAAAAAGGUAAUCCUUGGCAGGUAUAACUGGCUGACGUAUGAGGAGACCUACCUUGCUGCUGCCCACUUUGGGAGUGGUCUGGCAGCGCUGGGGCAAAAGCCAAAGUCUAAUAUUGCCAUCUUUUGUGAGACAAGAGCCGAGUGGAUCAUUACUGCACAGGCCUGUUUCAUGUACAACUUCCCUCUUGUUACCCUGUAUUCAACUCUGGGAGGACAAGCUAUUGCACAUGGUUUAAAUGAAACUGAGGUCACCCACAUAAUCACCAGCAAAGAUCUCCUUCAAAGCAGACUGAAGGCAAUCCUGCUCCAGGUUCCAAGGUUACAGCACAUCAUAAUUGUUGAUGAUAAGCUGACUGCAUGGGCAGAUUUUCCAAGAGGCAUAGUGGUUCACAGUAUGGCAACGGUACAAGCACUCGGAGCCAAAACACAAAACAUGUCCAAGCCUCCCAACCAGCCUGUACCUUCAGAUAUUGCAGUCAUCAUGUACACUAGUGGAUCCACAGGGAUACCAAAGGGAGUGAUGAUUUCUCACAGCAAUCUCAUUGCUUGCAUAACCGGGAUGGCUGAAAGGAUUCCUAACCUUGGCAGGGAGCAUGACACUUACAUUGGAUACCUGCCACUGGCCCACGUGCUAGAGCUGAGUGCUGAGCUGGUCUGUGUAUCUCACGGAUGUCGUAUUGGCUAUUCAUCACCACAGACUUUAGCAGAUCAGUCAACCAAAAUCAAGAAAGGAAGCAAAGGAGAUACAAGCGUGUUGAAGCCCACCCUGAUGGCAGCUGUUCCGGAAAUUAUGGAUCGCAUCUACAAGAACGUUAUGACAAAAGUGGAAGAGAUGAACAGGGUACAGAGAACACUCUUUGUUCUAGCUUACAAUUACAAAAUGGAGCAGAUUUCCAAAGGCUACAGUACCCCACUGUGUGACAGUUUUGUUUUCCGAAAGGUGAGAUCUUUACUUGGUGGAAAGACCCGUGUGCUUUUGUCUGGUGGGGCCCCUCUGUCAGCAGCUACCCAGCGAUUCAUGAAUGUCUGCUUUUGCUGCCCAGUAGGGCAAGGAUAUGGGCUCACAGAGACUUGCGGAGCAGGAACAAUUAGUGAAAUGUCUGACUACAGUACCGGCCGUGUAGGAGCUCCCUUGGUGUGCUGUGAGAUCAAACUGAAGAACUGGGAAGAAGGUGGCUAUUACUGCACAAACAAACCUAACCCUAGGGGGGAGAUUCUAAUUGGUGGUCCAAAUGUCGCCAUGGGAUACUACAAAAACGAAGUGAGAAACAAAGAAGAUUUCUUUGUGGAUGAAAAUGGCCAAAGAUGGUUUUGCACAGGGGACAUUGGAGAGUUUCACCCAGAUGGAUGCCUUAAAAUUGUUGACCGUAAGAAAGAUCUGGUAAAACUUCAAGUUGGAGAAUAUGUGUCGCUAGGAAAGGUUGAAGCGGUUUUGAAAAACUGUUCAUUAAUAGACAACAUCUGCGCAUACGCAAACAGCGAUCAGUCUUACGUGAUUGGCUUCAUCGUACCCAAUCAGAAGCAACUUCUGGCCCUUGCGGAACUCAAGAAGAUCCGUGGAACCUGGGAGGAGAUCUGCAACAACUCUGAGAUGGAGAAGGAGGUGAUAAGGGUGGUGGAAGAAGCUGCUAUUGGAGGCAAAUUGGAGAAGUUUGAAACUCCAUUGAAAGUCCGUCUGAGUGCAGAGCCUUGGACCCCAGAGACCGGUCUGGUCACAGACGCUUUCAAGCUGAAAAGGAAGGCACUCAAGACUCACUACCAGGACGACAUUGAGAGAAUGUAUGGAGGAAAAUAAACCGUUCUGCGACACAGUCAGACCCUGCUAUGACAAGCUCCAGUCCAACAGGAAAUACUUGAAUCGCAUUCUACACUUGAGACCAAAAAAAAAAAAUGGGGGCAAUGGUUAUCCCUCACCAGUGGUUAUCCCUCACCUUUGUAACGCAGGAUUUCUGUCUUUCUGUGUGGAUGUAUUUGCAGUCUUAUGUUGGUUGGGCAGGUUCAAGGCAAAAUUUUAUGAAAAGCAUUCAAAAGAAAUUAUCAUGACUUGUUACAAGAUUUAUUUUUAAAAGGAGACACACUUCUGCGAAAACUCAGCCACGUGAUUUUCUCCUGAGCCUUCGAGUUUGACGUAACACAAAAUGUGAAAUUGGAUUGUAUGUAAAAUAUGGUGCAAUUUGUGGUCUUCGAGUUAUGAUAUGUGCAGGGAUAAAUGAUAAAUUAGGUGAGAAGAUCAGUAUUUAAGCCAUGAGAGAUCAUUGAAUGCAAAUGUUUAUAAUUUUAGAAAUUACUAAAUGUUUGUAGCUAAUGAUGAGAUUUGUGUUUUUGUCAGUUUCUUUUACUUUUAUGGAAGAUAAUAUUUUAAACCCUUAUUCACAAUGUAUUAUGUGCCUGACGCAAAAUGUUAUCUUGUGAUUUUUGUCUACAAAAAUAGGUUUUAGCUGGAUUGGGUUUUGUUCUAUUUUGGUUUGAAAAGUAAGAAUGAAUGAGUAAACAUUGCAAUAUUGCAAAAAAACAACAAGAAAAGCAACAGUAGUUAAAUUGGUUGAAAUUCGCUUCAAAUCUAAAUAACAAAUCUAAUUCUUACCAUAAAAUAUACCGUAUUUAGGAUUUUCUUCAGUGAAUAGGUCAGUAAUGGAAUUACAUUUACCAGUGUCUAAUAACCAGACAGAGAAGUGUCCUGUUUUAAAUGGCUUUAUUUCAAUAUGCAGUUAAAGAUAUGGAGAUUCAACAGUUGGAUUGAUCGAAGGUGCGUUGCUUUUCACCGGCAUAUGCAUGCAUUUUUGAGCCACCCGCUAUAAUUGCAUAAAGUGACAUCAUCUAGUCUGGGCAAUAGAAUAAAUGUGCCUGCAGGUCAGGAAUUAUUUAGAAAAGCCUUUGUAAAUAACCUAUAUAAUAAAGUUAGCUGACUUUUUAAACUCUUUACUUUUAGAUUAUUGCUACCAUUAUUAACCUAAUUUCUUGAGAUACGUUUUGAAUUUGUAUUUUAUUUUAUGUGUAUUACAGAUUUGUUGCAUUAAAUAGGAAUUCAUCCCAAAUCGCUCUUGAUGACCUUGUAACAUAAGGGAAUGAAGGCACCUAGUAUAGAUCAGAAGUGUUAGUUACUCAAACCUUUUUUGCAAACGUUAUUUCCAGAUUUUCUUUGUAGUACGACAGCUUUUACUUACAAAAGUAAGUUUUGCUUAUAUUAACUUUUUACCCUAUACACGAGACCUAACAAACAAUGUAAGUCGAGCAUGUAAUACACACCAUUUCUUAUUUCAAUACUAAAAUGGAUACACAGGUUUUCCCACAGUGCAUGAAUGUUUACUCGGCAGGUUUUUGGAAAAUGUGCAAAAUGAUACACUAGACACUUGCAGUUUUUAAACAUUAUUUAUUGCAACUGUUUACAUGCAUUGUAAUAAAAAAUCAUUUGUACAUUUGGUGACAGGUGAAACUUUGUGUCGCAUGCGUUUAAAAAAUGAGUUCCUUGUUAGAAACUGGAAAGUGUUUUUUGCUUUUUUUUUUUUUUCUUGGGGGUUGAACAAAUGUUCUGUGGUGUAACUGAGUUUGUUAUUCCAUACAAGUUGAUCGGGGAUAUUCCCAUAAUAUGAAGUUCCAUGGAGAAAUUAUUUCAACCAAGUUUAUCUCGUUUCCUGUCACAGUUGUUGUAUGGCUUGAAACAAUCUUGGCAACUAAAAGAAACCAAUAGCACUGCAGUCAUUUCCAAAAAGCAAUCCGUGCAUCUUCCCAAAAGAAAACACUGCAAUGUGUUUGUAUUACUGCAGAGUGCUAAUUGCUCUUUUGGUUGCCUGUUUAAAUGGUUUUAAAUAAAUGGUUCAUAGGAUAACAAAGUGUGUAUUAAAGAAUUUGUAAGUAGGCUGGUGAAAUGAAAGUAAGUGUUGUGUAAACAUUUCCAUGUAGUAAUGUGCAUACUAGUUCUUUGUAGGGAAAAUGUACAGCUUACACAUCAUGAAAUGUUAAAGGCCCUCCUUUCUCUUACUGUAAAUAUAUGGGUCUGUUACCAAACUUCACUGGACUGGCCAGUUGUAUAAUAACUAUUUUAAUUAUAUUUAAGCUUUGUUAGGAUGACCAGUCAGGUGUUCCCCUCUGGAAAAACUGCUCUGUAAUAUGUGAUUGCAAGUAUAUUAGACUUAUUUAUUUGUAAUAGGCCUUGGGACAAACAGUGAUACAAUAAAAAUAUCAGGCUUUGGUCUGAGGUGUAUGUUUGCAUCAAUCCCUGUAUGUCCAACUGUUAAGUACUUUGUUUUGGUAAGGGAUAGUUUUUGUGGUAAUCAGGAUUUUGGAUUUUAAUUGGAAAAUCCAACAUUAAUCCCAAUUUUCAUAGGCUGCUUAGUGUGGCUUUUCAGCUUCCAUUACUUGUUGAAGCCUUUAUUCAUGUGAUGCAAUUUGGCCCCAUUCACAAAGCUUUCACUUGUGGGUUAUUAGAUGAAGUCUCUUUUAAAGCUUUGCUACACAGCCAAACAAAUUCAUUAACAUCCACAUUUAAUCCAUCAAAAAAUGUAAUACUCUUAAAAGGAGUAAUAACCACAUUUUACAAUACAUUUUCUUCCCUUUUAGCUUUAGAAUCAUAAUCACAUAACCCCUUCUCAUUGUGCAGUAUUUGCUAUAAUGUAUUAUGUUUUAGUUCAAGCAACACACUGUAGCAAAAUAAAAUCUACAUAACGUC